GUACAGUGUGCGCCACUUCCUAACGUGAUAUUCUACGCCGUUGCACUCUGCUGUUUUACAGCUUCACCUUGUCCCUCGACUUUCAGCGAAUCAGAUUCCACCAUUUCCAUUCUUCUCCACUCCCUGCCCCUCUCAUUUUCACCCAAAUCUGUCGUUCUGAUUUAUGCAUACGAUCUAAUUGCGCCGAUCAAUACCAUCUCUCCGUUAAACAAGACUACUUUUCGCGUUAAUCAGCGGCGGAUUCUUUUUCUUUAGGUGUUUGAUUUGGAAGAACUUUGAGAAGUGUUGAUGUUUCUAACACACGACUGAUGGUGUUGGUUAUUUGGUAGGAAUCGGAACGUUUGCUCAACUGAAGGAUUCGAGGUUUGUCGUUUGGGAUUUUAGUGCUUAUAGAUUGCCGGAGAUUUCUAAAGCACUAUAAAAUUACGAUUCAGUGCGUUUAGGUUUGGCAUCUCCUUUCUGGAUUUGACCGGCUGUGAGGAUUUCGAUUUGUGCCUGUGAAAUCAGAUACUGUGUUUGGAGUAUCUUAGUAGCCAUUUUCUGGAAUUGGAUUAUUCACACUGGUGUUUCGAUUGAAUUUGGUGAACUGUAGCAUUUUUCAGGCCCUCCGUUUUGCAGUAAUUUGAUAGAUUGGAUAUGGAGUCUCUUCCAGUUGAGGUUGUUGGAAACAUUCUAUCACGUCUUGGAGCUGCUCGUGAUGUUGUGAUUGCAUCGGCAACUUGCCGGAAAUGGCAUGAGGCUUGGAGGAAUCAUCUCCACACUCUUACAUUUAAUUCCAACGAUUGGCCUUUGUAUCAUGAAUAUUCCACCAGUAGACUGGAAAUAAUUAUCACUCAAACCAUAUUCCAGACCAAAGGACUGCAGUGCCUUUCAAUAAUAAUGGAUGAUGUAGAUGAGUUCUCUGCCGCCCCAGUUAUUGCUUGGCUCAUGUACACUCGUGAAACCCUGCGUCAGCUACAUUAUAAUGUGAGAACACAACCUAACAUCAACAUGCUCGAGAAGUGUGGUCGACAGAAGCUUGAAGUAUUGGCUUUAGCCCACAAUACAAUUACUGGAGUCGAGCCUAGUUAUCAAAAAUUCCCCAGCUUGAAAUCUCUUUCCUUGAGUUAUGUCAGCAUAUCAGCCUUGGACCUGAGUCUCCUGCUUAAUGCAUGUCCAAAAAUUGAAUACUUGAUCUUAAUCAGUCUAGAUAUUGUCAUGUCGGAUCCCCAAGCCACGAUGGAUUUGAGUAGCCACUCAUUAAAGGAUGUUUAUGUUGAGGCAAUCAGUUUGGAUAAGUUUAUAUUGGAGGCUGAUAGCUUAGAAAAGUUGCACUUGAAAGAUUGUACACUUGAAGUUUUUGAGCUUGUUGGUAAAGGGAUGUUGAGAUUUCUAAAGAUCGAUGAUGUUAGUGUCAUCCAUCUUGAUAUUGGCGAGAGUGCCGAAAAUCUGGAGAUUGUUGAUGUGAGCAAUUUCACGAUCAUGUGGGCGAAGUUCCUCCAUAUGAUCUCAAGAUCAUCUAAGUUGAAAAAGCUUCGGUUAUGGGGUGUUGUAUUUGAUGAUGAGGAAGAGUUUGUGGAUGUGGAAACCAUCUCUUCAUGCUUUCCCUUAUUGAGUCAUCUGUCCCUGAAUUAUGAUCUAAGAGAGGCAGCUCUUCAGUAUGGCUUACAAGGUUCUUUUGUUUUGGACAAUGUGAUUGUCUUGGAACUUGGGUGGACAGUAAUUAAUGACCUGUUCUCGGCAUGGGUUUCAGGACUUCUGGGAAGAUGCCCUCAUCUUAAGAAGUUGGUUAUACACGGCGUCGUGUCUGAGACCAAAACUCACGAAGAAUGCCACACAUUGGCCAACUUCACUUCAGCUAUUGUGAGACUCAUGAGGAAGUACCUGCAUGUGGAGGUUCAGUUUGAAUAUGAAUAGAGAUAUUUUACUCUAUCCGAGCUUAUCUGUUAUGGGCUACAGAAGCAGGCAAAGAUCCUCAUUGCAGAUUCUUCAUUUACUCUGAUCUGGUCUUUCCCAUAUAAUUUUUUGACUGAGAACAGUUGUAUUUGAUUGAUAUUUUUCUGGACAAGAUCAGGUUAUGUUUGCUUUUAAUGAUGUUUCUUCGCAUCAUUAUUCUUAACCAAAGAAUGAUCUGUUUCUACAUUCAUGAAGAAGUUUCACAUACUAUGCGUGUUUGCUUAUUUAUCCAGUUUGUUGUAUGCAUGUAUAUGUAUAUGUAUAUGUAUGCAUCAGUGCAGGGGAAAGUUUCCUUCAUUCUGUUUCAGUUACGCACAAUUUGAGCCCUUUUACUUUGUGAGGGUCUAAUCAGUAAUACAUGCUGUGUUUAUAUAUGGAGCCAUUUUAUACGCACUAUCCAGAAACUUUAACUAGCCAGAUUUCAUCUUUACAGCUAGAGUAAUAUGGGUCUUUCCAAUGUGAAUAGCAAUGCAGAUAUAAAGCUCCAACUUUCACAUUCUUAUCUUCAAUAAUAAACCAGGAUGUUAAGAGAGCAUUUUAAGGGGUCAAAUUAGUAUAUUUUGCAACUCAGUGAGCCUUUUGUGAAACUAUGCUAAAAUGCAGGUAUUUUGUACUGGGAAAUAUUAAUGAUAUGACUGUAAGAUUUCUUUCUUAACUUACUUUUAAGUGGUGAAAUCCCAAAAGUUUCCAAUUGUUAAACCGGAAAGAAAGAGGACAUUUGAAAGGAAAUUUAGUGAAGGUUUCAGUGCCAGCACUAUAUCAUAUUUUCUGUAUGCAGUUUUGUUCAUCUAUUAAAUCUAUCUAUUCACCUUCCUCAUUGUAUUGUCAUAUUUUUGGUUUGGUGUCAACUUUUCGGCUGUAGCCAGAAUCAUGCUGACAUAGCAUGAUAUUUUAUCAUAUACAUCUACUUAAUCAAUUCUCUGAAUUGCAAGUAUCAGAGCCUAUAAUUCCUGAAUGAGAUUUAUAAAAUGAAACGAGAUAUAAAUGUCAGUGCUUUUACAUGGAGAGUAGUAUUGACAGAGUAGUAUACAUUUGAUAUGUCAAAGAGGAUGAGACUUGUCGAUUUAUUAAUCUGUAAGAAACUCAAGAAACAGAGGCGCUGUACUUGCACGUACAGUUGAAGUACUAGGGUUACUCAUGUUAUGCUAGUUAUAAAUAUACACAGCAUAUAUGCAAGUGAUUGCCUAAUGCCUGUGUGCGUAGUAGUGUCUUCUGAGAGAUUUCAUGAAGCUUCAAUGGUUGAAUGCGGGAAAAUACUCUUUCAAUCUGGGAGAAACAGAAUUCAAGAAAUGUUUAAUAUGGAGAUAUAUGCCUGAUGUAGAAGAAUGGACCUCAGAAGCUUUCCAGCUUAGUGAAUCUCCAUGGGAAGCUAUGGCGGGCUAUGCCAAACAUCUAUUUUCUUCAUGUUUUUAUGAAGUAAAUAGUCCGUUGAUUCAACCCGACUAUUCAAGACACUCUAUUCACCCAUUCAGAAGUCCGUGACAACGGUUUGAGCAUGAAAGAGAUCCAAAAAGUUCUGAACGUUAAGGGUAUGCAACUUUACUCUUAGAUACAGAGAUCAUAUUUUUUCUACAUUUUUUUACCCUUUAUUGCAUAUUCGAUUCACUAAAAACCAUCAAUAUCCUAUCCAGAAGAGAAAAAUUGGAAGUUAUUAUGAUGUGCUUGAAGCAUUUGGGCGAGAAAGGUUUGCUUUUCUUGCCCAUUGGUUAUCCUAAAACAUAGUAUUUCCUUUGAAGCUGCUCCUCUGCGGGUUUUGAGUUUCAUUAUCAUCUGACAGUGGAAGGGCAUCUUUCUUGAUUUUGAGUUGCAUCUCAAAUUCAGGUCAAAACUUACAAUUCAGUUGACGUGGUUGAUUCUCUAUAUCGAUCCAAAUAUUUCUUGACCAGUAUAGAUGAUCGUGUAGCUCAUCAUCUCAAAUCGCAUAGAAUAACCAAGGACAGCGAGCCUUCACCUCAUAAUUUUGACAAUCAAAGGGGGAAUUGGCCGCCUCAGAGGAUAAGAUCAACACAAAUGACAUUGAAGGACACAGAGUCGCAAUUUUAAAUUGUCCCAUAGAAGUCACAGAUCAUUCUUUCUGAAGUUACUUCAACCAAAGUGACUAGAGUAGAAAAUCUUGAAUACUGUAGUACUCAUACAAAUAGGAUAUGUACUAUAAACGAGCUUAUAUGCAACAGGCUUCUUUGCCGUGUUCUUGGUAUUGUUGUGCUACAUCCAGAGAUAUUAGAGGUCUGCUAUCUAUUUAUAUUCAAUCUUAUAUUUAUCACCUCAUAUGUUGCAUUGUUAGUAAGUUCUUGUAAUCAAUAUCAACUAGCUUCAAGUCUUAAGAUUUAUUUUCCUGUUACCUUGAAAAGUAAUUAGAGACGCUGUUGCUAAUAUCGUCUUUAUGUACAGGAUGAAAUCAUAAAUCGGAUGCAGUGUCUAAAUCCUCAGGUUUGCAACUUUCUUGUCUCUAAGCAAAAGAUGAAAGCUCAUUACAGCAGGACAUAGAUAUAAGAGUGCUAUGGUUUAAUGCUUUCAACUAUUCUUUCUUGUUCUCAACUUUGGUAUCUACAAAAUACAGUUUUUAUCUGAAACCCUUUAUUUCACUUCACAUCACUAGAUUGUUUUGGUUGGGGUUAAAGGGCUUUCGAUAAAUUCUAACUCAAGAUAUUGGUUUUUCCAAUCACCAAUAUGGAUCAUCAAGAUACUUGAGACUCAUAAACCGCCCUUCCUAUGGAAUGUAGCUGGCUGUAACUAUUGUCGACUUCUUUACUUCGCUUAGUUUCGCCAUCGUUUGUUGCUAAUCUUAUAUAUUAAUCCCUUCAAUCACCAAUAGUCUAAGACUACUAAACUGCCUUCCUAUAUUAUGUAGCUCCCUGUAAUUAUUGUCAGACUUCCUUAAUUUGCUUCAUCCCCAUAUUUGUUGUGAAUCGGAUAGCCUUCAAUCACCAAGAGUCUUAGAUCAACAUACUUUAGAUCCCUAAACUGCCUUCCUAGUUCCUAUACUAGGUAGCUUGCUGUUAUUAUCGUCAGACAUAAUUUGCCCAUUUCUCCAUAAUUCGUUGCUAAUCUCUGCAUAACAGAGCUGCAGGCAGCUGCUACAGAUGAUGAUUCUAGAUAAGCACAUAACUACCUGAAAAAUGCAGCAGAUGACAUCUUCUCAUCCUCCCUCCAUUCUGGCAAAUCUUCUUGGUGAUAGAUGCAAAAAAUCUAAGUUGAUAUGUGAGUUCAUUUCUUUGCAAAUCCCUCUACCACGACCUUGUAGAGCUGCCAGGGCAAGCGGCAUGUGAACGGGGAUGAAGGUCGAAACAAUGGAUGUCGAACCCUCUCCUUGUAUAUCUAGGAUUUAGGAAUAUCUUGAACACUCUUCUUGUAUGGUUAGAACCUGAAAAUGUCAAAACUAUAAAUAUAUCUUCCCUAUAUACACGUAAAAGUUCAAUCAAA